AUGGUUCAUUUCUCACAAGCCACAUCAUCCGCUGACCCACAGCAAGAAAAGUUGAGCAAGGCGACCGUCAAUCAAAAUGUUAACUUUAUCGCAACCGAUGAGGACUUCCCCGCUGUGGGCGCCGUGCGCAGAAAGCAAAAGCCAAAGCCUAAGCCAGUUCAAGCUCCGUUCAUUGAGCCAGCAGAGUCGCGCCCAGCCUUACAGCCAGUGGCUCCGGCCCAGGACAAUAGCCAGCGCAUUUCCGGCGGCGUUCAGGUGCAGCAGUCGUCCUCAGGCAAAUCGUUCGACAAGCAACAGGUGGUUAACAAAUGGCUCAAGUCUGUGCAGCAGCCUUUCGUGAAAUCGCAGCAAUUGCAAACACCAUAUCGCACCUCUGGCUUCACGCAAUCGGGUUGCAAGAGCGCCCCGGCAGCUGCCUCACAGGAGCAGUCACCAGUCCAGAAAGUGAAUAAGCCGCCAACGCCUGUGGCCAGUCCCAGUCCAAGUCCCAUUCCCAGUGCCAUGCCCAGUCCCAGUCCAACCGUUGCGCGGCCUGAACAAAAAUCACCAGUUACACAAUCAGCACCAUGCCCCCCAAAUGUGUCUGUUUCGCUGCCAGUGGGCAACGUUGUGCCCACCGCACCAGAGAUCCGCUCCAUGUCUGGUGAUGACGCCAGAGUUGCAGUGCCGAUCAACGAGCCACAAAGUGCGCAGCCAACCAGUCGCCAAAUGCGUCGCAAGGAGCGGCGCAUGCAACGCGAGCAAGGAACGUCAGCUCAGAGCUCCAGUCGCGAACAUCGUGGCCUGCCGGCGCAACUGCCUGAGGAGCUGCUGUCGCCGUCCAGUCCCGGCACAGAGAACGCACCAGUUGACGAUGAUGUGUCCUUUAUGCAGGAGCUGGAGCAGGCGCUGGCCGACAACUCAAUGCCACCGGAAUCCCAAUUGCCGCUGGAAGGCAUCGCAGCACACAGCACACUGAAUUGGAACGCCAACGAAUUUUGUCCCAAUCCAAACCCAGUGGUCAUCAAGAACUCAAGGAUUAGCGAGCGUCGUCGUCGUCAGCGCUUCCAUCGCACACUCAAGCCCGAUGCCCUGUUCGAGCUGGUCUCGCUGCCAUUCGAGGGCCUGUCGCCGCUCCAGCCAGAACCGCAAUUGCAAUUACAAUCACAAUUAACCGGCAGCAGCCAAGCACCGAGAGCCACAUAUACUCUGUCCUCCAGCUACUCAGAGGCGAGCAGCGCACCAGUGAUUGCCAGAGGCUCAAGAGUCCAGCCGCUGCCGCCAAUGCAGCACAACUCCAACUAUGACAACCAGUCGGUUUUUCGGCUCAGCAGCCUCCCCAGCACGGGUAUCGGGACGGACGGCAUCAGCGGCCUCCCCAGCACGGGCAUCGGGACGACCGGCAACAGCAGCCUCCCCAGCGCGGGCAUCCGGACGACCGGCAACAGCAGCCACAAUCGCAGUCGCAGCAGCCGCAGUGGAAGCACCAACACCCUCAGCAGCGCUUCGGUGAGAACCGUAGAUGGCCCCAACGACGCUUCUGAUAAUAUGCUGCACAGCCGUCCGCUCUUGGACAUGGAUCCGGCUUCUCAGCAAACGGAGGCGUUUCUAUUCCUUGAACCAACUAAUAUUGACUUGAGCCCGAAGCUGGCUGCCGAUAAAGCGACAAACGAGAGGAAUCGCGGACCACGUCACCUAAUAUUUGUGAAAUCUGACAGCCCACAGCGUCGCAAUAUCGAGAUCGAUUUGAAUUUCAUGCCGCCGAGCAUCAAGAAGCUGUAUAGCCUAAUCUGCGCCAAAUACUCGGACUAUGCCUUUGUCUAUGCGCUGAGUGCGCAGCUGUCCCAGGAGUUUGUGCCCAUGGAAUGCUAUGUCUAUCUGAAAAUGGCUCUGCUGUGCAGCCUGGCCAGCCUGGAGCCGGACGAGAUGCGUCCGCCCAUUUCACUGUGUGUCAUUUGCAGCGACAGCUAUAUGGCCAACCUGAUGCUGCACCAAGUCGGGCAACUGGCGCCCCGUUUCAUUGGGCCCCACGAGGGGUGCCAAGAGCCAGUACAGCAUUCAGCCCUGUCGUUGCGCCACAAAUGGGUGAUGGCCAGCCCAUUGCUGCUGGCCCAGCAGGGCGUCUACUAUGCCGGUGACUGGAAUUGUUUGACGCGCGCCCAAAGCGAGGAGCUGGAGAAGUGCAUAGAGAACGGCAGCGUGCCGGUGCCGCAGCUGCAGAGCGAGCAGCCGCUCGAAGCGGCCAUAUGGACGUAUUGGCAGCCGGAGAAUGCAGCCAACCAAGCGACAGCGUUUGCCAAGCUUUGUCCCAUCUUUGGCCUGCCCGUGCACAUGGGGGAUCAGGAGAGCAAUACCCUGUGGGACUUUGUGCUGAAUCAGCACCAGAGCGAUAUGCCAGAGGAAAUACAUGAUGCAUUUAAUAUACCCAAAGAUGAUAUAAGAACAAUGCUCACCUUUCUCCAUCAGCGUCAGGUUACGUUCACAGUGGAGGCCGAGCAAUUGCUACAAAAAUACUACGUUGUCUCUCGCAUCGAGCAGCCAACUGCCUUCAGCAGCAAGACAUAUAUUGUGCUAAAGCAAUUCGCUGAGUCGAUUGCCAAGCUGUCCAUGCGACUGGAUGUGCUUGAAGCCGACGUGGCCGUUGCCAUCUUCCAUAGCGAGAACUUUGUGCGCAGCAUCUUUGGCGUCGGCGAUUUUCCGCCGCCUGCCGUUGUCAACUUGAAGGUAAUCUCACGCGUGGAUCCCUACAUGAAUGAGUUUGCGCGCUGGCUAUAUCAAUAUUUGGAUCGCUACGAGGACAAUAUGAACGAUGGCGGCGAUGACGAUAAAGCACAGCCGAAGCGUCAACGUCUUGAUAGCUCCUAGGAAUAUAUAAAAUCAACAAAUUCUGCGCAGCUUAUAUUUAUACCUAAGCUCUUA